AUGUUCGCCCUAUCAGACGAAAUGAAAAACUAUCAUAAGUCAUUUCUUCCCAGUACCUUUGCCGACUCUGAUCACGACCAGGAGCGAUUACUUUACUCGUACCAAAACGUGAUCAGUGGUUUCUCGGCAAGACUAACCGAAAAGGAAAUCGAAGCCAUGAAACAAAAGGAUGGCUUCAUUUCAGCACAUCAAGAAAGGGUGUUGCAUCCACUGACAACACAUACUCCUAGUUUCCUAGGAUUACACCAAGAAACGGGAUUUUGGAAACAAUCAAAUUUUGGCAAGGGAGUUAUUAUAGGAGUGCUGGAUACCGGAAUUUUCCCGAGCCAUCCUUCAUUUAGCAGCGAAGGGAUGCCGCCUCCACCGGCUAAAUGGAAGGGGAAAUUACCGCUGCAGGUGGAUUUGUCAGUGGGCGUUCUUGGCAAUGCUUAUGGCACUGCAGUUGGAAUGGCACCUCAAGCUCACCUGGCAAUAUACAAGGUGUGUUUUGGCCCCGACUGCCCUGAAAGUGAUAUAUUAGCUGGGUUUGAUGCAGCUGUUGAAGAUGGCGUUGAUGUACUCUCCAUCUCCAUUGGUCAGGAGUCAGUUCCAUUUUUCCAAGAUAACGCGGCAGUAGCAUCAUUUGCAGCUAUUCAGAAACGGAUAUUCGUAAGCUGUGCAGCAGGAAACUCCGGCCCUUUCACGGAAACUAUGUCAAAUGAGGCCCCAUGGAUUCUUACAGUUGGAGCGAGCAACAUUGACAGAAGCAUCAGAGCCACAGCAAAAUUAGGAAAUGGAGAAACUUUUGAUGGUGAAUCUGUUUUCCAGCCAAAGGAAUUUCCUUCUACUCUGAUGCCACUUGUUUACACCGGUUCCAAUGGUAAGCAAGACUCUGCAUUUUGUGCAAAUGGAUCCUUGGCAGGUAUUGAUGUCAAGGGAAAGAUUGUAAUGUGUGACAGGGGAGGAGGUAUAGCAAGAUUGGACAAAGGACGGGUAGUGAAAAAUGCAGGUGGGGCUGGAAUGAUACUAGCAAAUCUAGAAUCUGAUGGAUUCAGCACUUCAGCUGAUGCUCAUGUCCUCCCUGCAACACAUGUGAGUUAUGCUGCUGGAUUGAAGAUCAAAGCCUAUAUAAAUUCGACGAAUUCUCCAAUGGCCGGACUCUUAUUCAAAGGGACCAUAAUCGGAGACCCUUUGGCUCCAGCAGUCGCCUCAUUUUCCUCACGGGGCCCGAGUUUAGCGAGUCCCGGAAUUCUAAAACCCGAUAUCAUUGGACCGGGAGUAAACAUCCUCGCAGCAUGGCCUUUUGCUCUAGAUAGUAAUGCGAACACAAAAUUGACCUUUAACAUUGAAUCAGGCACGUCAAUGUCAUGCCCUCACCUUAGUGGGAUUGCGGCGUUGCUCAAAAGCUCACACCCCGACUGGUCUCCAGCUGCAAUCAAAUCUGCUAUAAUGACAUCAGCUGAUCUGAUGAAUCUUAAAGGUGCAGCAAUAGUUGAUGAAACUCUUCAACCAGCUGAUGUUCUCUCAACUGGCGCUGGCCACGUGAAUCCAUCGAAGGCAAAUUAUCCCGGGCUCAUUUAUGACAUUGAACCUGACGACUAUAUCCCAUACUUAUGCGGCUUAGGCUAUACAGAUGAACAAGUUGGGAUAAUUGCACAUAGAUCAGUCCAUUGCACAGCAAAAAUCCCUGAAGCACAGCUAAAUUAUCCAACAUUUUCUGUUGCACUGGGACCAUAUCAAACUUUCACAAGGACAGUUACAAAUGUUGGUGAGCCAUAUUCAUCAUAUGCUGUCAAGGUUGUUGCACCACAAGGAGUGAGCAUUACCGUAAAACCCAACCAGCUUUAUUUUACAAAGGUGAACCAGAAACUGUCAUAUUCUGUGACAUUCAGCAGCAGCAACAAGAAGAUGAACAACACAUUUGCUCAAGGGUAUUUGGAAUGGGCAUCCAAAAAAUAUAAUGUUAGGAGUGUAAUAUCUAUUAAAUUUGUCUAA